CGCCUCCGAGCUCCGCCGCCGCCGCCUCACCAGGCUCCGGCCGCUGCCGCCCCUCCCGGGCCCGCACGGACGCUCCGCUAAUGGCGGCUCUGCCGAGCCAGGGGCGCCCUCAGGGCGGCACCGGGGGCCGUGCUUAGCCCGGCUCUGACCAAUCAGCGGCCAGAAGCAGAAGGGACGGCAGAAUCAGCCAAUCGCAGCGAGGGGCGAGCUCCGCACACGGCCCGGCCUCGUCUCCCUUUCCCCGAGCUCCGGCAUUUCCCGGCAGCCGCGGCUGAGGAGCGCCGCUGGAGCUGGGCCCGGCCCGGGUAGGAGGCCAAGGAGCCGCUGCUGCUGCCCCGAACCGCCCGGAGCUCGGCGUGACCGGGCCCUGAGGGCGCUGGGAGCUGGGCUUGGCCUUAUGGAACAGGAGGAGAAGCCCUGGAGAUCUCGCACAAGGAGUGGCUGCAAACCCAGCCCAGGGAGCUGCAGGGAGGAAAGAGCCCCCCUGAGCCAGGAAGGCGGCCGGAGAUCCAGGCAGAGCUUGGAGCUGGUGGAGAAGCCUCAUGGCAGGGUGAAGCCACACAAGUGCUUGGAAUGUGGGAAGGGUUUCAGCCAGAGGUGCAACCUGAUCCAGCACCAAAGGAUCCACACUGGGGAGAGGCCCUACAAGUGUGGGGAGUGUGGGAAGAGCUUCAGACAGAGCUCUGCUCUAAUUCAGCACCAGGUGAUCCACACUGGGAUACGGCCCUACAAAUGUGGGGAUUGUUGGAAAAGCUUCAGGGACAGCUCUGACCUGAUCCGGCACCAGAUGAUCCACACUGGCGAAAAGCCCUAUGGAUGUGGGGAAUGUGGGAAAAGCUUCAACCAGAGAUCCCACCUGAUCCAGCACCAGAGGAUCCACACGGGGGAACGGCCCUACACCUGCUUGGAAUGUGGGAAGAGCUAUGGGUGGAGCUCAGACCUGAGAAAACACCAGCGCACCCACACUGGGGAGAGGCCCUACGAGUGUCCUGAGUGUGGGAAGAGGUUUCACAUCAGCUCCACUCUCCUCGUACAUGAGCGGAUUCACACAGAGGAGAGGCCCUUCCGCUGCCCCGAUUGCAGGAAGGGCUUCAACCGCAAAUUCGCCCUUGUCUCCCACCAGCGCAUCCACUCCAGGGAGAGGCCCUAAGAGUGUGGGGAGUGUGGGAUGAGCUUCUCCCCGAGCUCAGCCUUGACCAAACACCAACGGAGUCACCACUAAGAGAAGCCCUGUGAGUGCCCUGAGUGUGGGAAGAGCUUUGUGCACAUCUCCAGCUCCAUCCCCCAUCAGAGAAUUCACAUUGGAUGAUCCCCAGGGACCAUUUUUGGGCAGUGCCCUGGUGAUGCCUGUUGGGAUAACACCUGGCUGGGGGGCUCCACAUCUUCCUGGCUCCCUCUGGGUACUUGGACGAAUGCAGGGAGCAGAACAUCCAUCAGGAUGUAGACCAACAAUGGGAAUUCCUUGGGGAGAGUAGAUUUCUUAACUUUCAACCCCAGAACAUCUUUUGUGUUCAGUCCUAUCUUCUGGUGGCAUCAAGGAGUUCUUGAUGGUCUUGGAGGUCUUUUCUAACUUCAGUGAUUCCAUGAUUUUAAUUUCCUGUUGCCUAAGGGCGUCUUCCACAGGCAGAUGAUGAAAAAGUGAGGAAAAGGCCAAAAUUUUGGAGACAAUUUUUGGAAACUCCACCAAAAAAGGUUCUUCCCUCCCACCCAAGCAGGUGGAACCUCAGCUGGCACGGACACGGAAAUUCUUUUCUUUUAAACUUGAUUUUCUUUUAUUUCUCUCCGUCCCUUUAAAAUAUCCAACACAGGGGUAAAAAUAAAGACAUCGAACUAA